CUGAAGGUCAGGCGCUAUUUAUGAUAUUUGACCUAGAAGGCACCGGAGGGUGUUGGGUUCAGAUUCCUUCGUGCUUUCUGGUUCAGAGUGGCUUAAAAUACAUUAAUUUUCCUGAAUCUUGUCAAGUAAAUGGAAUACUUUAGCCGAACACCCAUAAAAAACGAUGUUUUAGGUAUUAUUAGUCAGGUAUGUAUUUAUCAUUUGAAGUAAUGUCUUUGUAAAGCUCAGUUCAAGGAAAAAGAAUCCACGUACUCCAUUCCGAAGCGACCGCACGAAUACAAACUCCCGGGAAUUUCUCUCUUUCCCGCUUCAAUUUGUUGAAUUCACUCCAGAAAAGUUAUGCGUUGAUAAAUGCCAAAAGAAAUAUUCAUCUAAUGUAGAAAUAGAUGAAACACAUACCUCAGAAGUUUCUAAGUUGAAUGUGAAAACAACAUCGUUGAACAGAUUCAGUCCUGAAGCUUCUUCUGACUUCCCACUGACCAACUUAUAUGAGUCAGCUUUCGACAACAGUCCUGAUGCACAAUCACUUGCACACGUUUCACCAAUAGUUAAAUAUAGUCCUGAAGCGUCUCCAAAGACGGGGAUAGAUAAGGCAGCUGUUGAUGAUAACUUCGGCACACAACUGUUUGUACAAACUUCACCAACCGAACAUUUUCGUGAUCCUAAUGACAAUAAUGGCAAGGUUGACGAUAGUUCUAAGAUACUUCUAGUAUCUACAAAAUCAGACAUGAAUAGAUCAAUGUCCCUUAAUUACUCUAAUAUUAGGACAGUUGCACAUACAUCCUUGAAAAUUGAUAAUCUUUUCGACCCAAAUAAUAAAUCGAACGUUAGUAGUGGGGAUGACGAUGAUGAUGCUUUUGAAAGAUUUAUAGAGUCUCAGAAGAAAACCAAAAUAACAAAAUCGGAAGAUGAUCAAAGCAGCGAUUGGCUAUCUGGAGAGUCUGAAGAGGAUGAUGAUUCAAGUUCUACCUCUCCCUAUCAAACAUUUUACUACAGAAUCCAUAAUCAAGUAGACUCUUCGGAAGUCAGAAAACCAUCAUUACCCUUAUUCGAUUCGGAUUCCUCUGAGUCUGAUAGAGAAAACUCUUCUUCGGUUAAAAAUAAUCAGUCAGUUACUACCUCAGUUCCAAAGCGUCUAGAUGUUCCGAACUGUCAUAAAAGCACAAAGAAAGACGAAAAGCCUAAUUCAUCAGAUGUGCCUGUGGAGGACUUUGUGUAUUCACUGUACCCAGUUAAUGAUAAUGACAGAAAAUCAACAGCACACAGAAAAAUUCGUCAUCCUGAUGCACUAAAAUUUGUUCAAAAAUUUAAACCCAAUCGAUGUGAAUUAGCCAAGAAAUUGUAUGAAAUUUAUAAUGAAAAGAUAUUCUCUAACCAAUUACCGUCAAAUCUGGAGAUAAUAUGGAAUCGUCGAUUGUUGAAAACUGCUGGUCUUUGCAAGUAUAUGACACGUACAACAACCCAUUCUGACAAGACUUCUACUCAGGUUCGAAUUGCACAAAUUUUGCUUUCAGAAAAGGUUUGCACUACAGCAGAACGUGUGAGAGACACUUUGUUGCACGAAGUUUGUCAUGCAGCUGUUUGGUUGCUAGAUGGUGUAAAUGACGGUCAUGGACGACGCUGGAAGGCUUGGGCUAACCGAGCUCAUCGUAUCUGGCCGCGGUUACCUAUGGUUUCGGUUUGUCACGCAUAUACUAUUGAAACACGAUUUACAUACCGGUGUACAGGUUGUGGCGCAUGCAUUAAUCGACACAGCAAAUCUUUGGAUACCACGAAAAAGGUUUGUGGUCAUUGUCGUUCAAGGUUUGAACUGCUGAUAAAUACACCUAGAGGACGUAUGCUUCGUCCAAGUAUAGCUGCUCAAUAUGAUAAACGUCUUCUACCUCACUGUUCAGAUAAAAAGCCAAAGGAGGUAUCCCCUACAUUAUCAACAAGGCCUGAUCAAAAAUCGUUACUGCUUCGUGAAAUAAAUCAAAAUGAAAAUUUACAAAAUGGUCUGUUAAAUAUGUUCAGGGAUUUUAAUAUUUCAAACUAAUCACUGGACCUUGUAAAUUGUUAUUUUUUUGUUUUUGUAAAUUUCGUUUUCAAUUCAUAAACCAUUCCUGUUUGUGUAAUUAUUUUCUUUUGUAAUGUGAUAUUUUUGUUUGCUAAGCGUUUUAUAUUCUUUCCUUUUUCAAAAAUAUUUCUGAUUUUACAAACAUUGCAUUAUACCUCUUAAUUUAUUGAUUUUAUCGUGCAUUCUAUUUGUUUUUGUAAUGGCCGUAUGCAAUUUACAUUACCAAUGGUGAGAAGGAAACUCACAGCAUUUUCUUCAAUUUCCUUUCUGUUGUGUAUAUAAACUGAAUCAUUUUCUCCUUUUUUGAAGAUGUUGC